UUUCAUAUCCGUCAAAGACACAUGUUGAAAUGGGCGUGAUCCUUACAUUCGUAAGCAUUUGUUUUGGAACAGGUGAGAUUUCCCUCCGCCAUUCAGAACGGAAAAAGGAACAGAGUUUUCCAUUUUAUCGACAUUCUUCUCAAGGAAAAGAUCGGCUAUGAUGCGGGACCGAGCUCAUCUGCGUGGGAGUCUGGUGAACAAAGCAGCAGAAUUAUUUAGCCUUUGUGAUCCAGAGGGUAAAGGAUAUGCAACCAAAAGUGAUCUACAAACGCUGAGAUGUGAGCUCCCGCUGCCCCCAGAGCAGUUAGACAUUGUAUUUGACGCUUUAGAUGCAAACAGUGAUGGGAAACUCACGUUGCAAGAAUUUACGGAUGGUUUUGGGUUAUUUUUAGGAAUUGACACAUUACCAAAUAAUGGUGCUGAAAGUGAUCAACAAGCUGAAAACGAAGAAGAUGAAGAAAUUUUAGAAGAACUGUUGGAUCACCUAGGUGCUAGGAAUCUUUUCACAGAUGAGGACUAUGUCCGAGAAAUGUGGCGACGUGUCCGAAAGGAAGAUCCCGUGAUGCGAUCGAAUUUCGAAAACUUCAUUUCAAAGAUGGCAGCCGACCUGAAGGAAUCGGCGAUAGAACAGUCAAGUUUACAUACUACCCUAAAGAACCGUAAGCAAGAGCACGAAAUUCAAGUGCAAACUCUGUACAUGGAAAUGGAAGAACAGCUCAGAAUAGAGAAAGAAAAAUUACUUGAUCAGGAACAACGAAAAGAGCAAAAAAUGCGGAAUGAAUUGGAGACGGAACUUGAACUUAAGGACCAGCAAUUAUCAGAAUUAUUGUCUAAACAUGCUGAGAUGGAAAAACAACUCGCAGAAUUAGAUAGUAAGAAUUCAGAAAAGAAAUACGAUAAUGUAAAACUUCAAAAAGACAGAGACAUGUUAGAGAAUAGACUUUCCGCAUCAGAAAAAAUGCUCCACGAGAUGAAGAACAGCCUCGACUUGCUAAGAAAGCGCAGUUUAGAGGAGAAACGAGCCAGAGCGCAAGCGGCUAUAAGAGUAUCUGAAGGAAUUGCCAUAGAGCGAGAAAAUUUGGUUUCAGAAUUAAAUCAUCUCAAGGAAGUCAACAAACAGCUGCAAGAUGAAAAAGAUGAACUCGUUCAAACUACAGCUCAAACUGUUCAACAGCUCAUUGCAAGUUCUGCCUCGCCGAGUCCAAAGAGAGCUCGUUCCAAACAUGAAACUAAAGCAUCACCAGAAAGAAGUAGCGCACCGUUUUCAAAUGUAGAGAAAGAUUUAAACGUAGGUCUUAAGGAUUUGAAUCUAACAGAGAAGUCUGAAACGGAAACGACUAGGAAGAGAGGAAGAAGUGAUGCUUUAUCUCAUCCUUUGGAACAAGAUUCAAGCGAUGAUGCGACAAGCCCUUACGUCGAAAAACAGAUAAAAUCAUUGAACACAUUUGGUAUAAAAGCAUACGUGGAAGAGGUUACCAGUGACACUGACAUCCAAAAUAAUCUAAACAUACCAUCGAGCAAGAAAGGGGAUUCAAAGUAUGACAGAAACUCAAAUGCUCCGAGGUUAGUGUUUGCUGGGUAAAAGCCUAAGUACAUCUAGACGACGAACUUCUCCAAGAACAUCUCCUCCAGUAUUAAAAAAGAUUCUGCCAACAAUGAAAACAUCAAUAGACGUAAGUUAUUAAUCAAUA